AUGGCCAAGACAACAACAAUUAACCUAAAUGAUUUCAUGACAAACAUCCCUUGGGUUCAACUCUCAUCAACCUAUCAAGAUGCUAUAACCAUCUGCUGCCGUUUAGGGAUAUUCUACCUAUGGAUAGACUCAUUAUGCAUCAUUCAGGACAGUAAAGAUGAUUGGAAGGAUCAGGCGUCACAAAUGGCCGACAUUUAUGAAAGUUCAUUCAUUACAAUAGCUGCUACGAGAUCCAAUGACGGCUCCGAAGGUUGCUUUGUAGAAUGCGAUGAAAAAUACCUAGCAAAGUUAGUACCUGGCUACCGAAACAUUUACGUCCGCCAGAUGCCCCCAUUAUUUCCGUCGGAUUGGUGUAUACCGAGGAAUUGCAACGACUGGCCGUUGCUAAACCGCGGUUGGAUUUACCAAGAGAUGAUGCUAUCCCAAAGGAUAUUACACUUCUGUGCCAAUGAAGUACGAAGCGAAAGCGGAGGGAAUGACCAUCAGUUUAGUCAGUUUCGUGAUAGGCGCGUAUUCAGGAAAUUGCCCUACCGGCGCGUGCCUUAUGCAAUUCUUCGACAGGAACCCAGGUACCUAUGGUAUCGCACUGUCCAGGAGUAUUCACGCCUACAAUUGAACUUUGAAAGCGACAAAAUGCCUGCCUUGGGUGGUCUUACCAAACGGAUGCAAACUAUGCGGCCGAACGACCGGUAUCUGGCUGGUUUGUGGGAGAAGACUCUAUUGUUCGACUUGCUUUGGUCUGUCUGGCCAGGUCCAGUAGCUGGAAGACGGAAGAACCCUCAAUUUCCCUCGUGGUCUUGGGCCUCCGUUAGCUGUCAGGUUAUGUGGCAUGACCUUGUCGAUUCAACCCUUGACUCUGUACGGGUGGAAGAAGUUCGACUCCUCAACACUGGUCCAAGCCAUUUAGGGGAACUUUUAGAAGCAGCUAUUACCAUUCGAGCGCCUUUUACAGAUGCAAGCCUAUUUCGUCCCCAGUGGAGGAGCCUGCCGGUUGAUGUCAGUAACGACAAUAUUACGCGUGUGGAUCAACUCUGCGUUUAUGACGAUGAAGCCGACUGCCUCCCCUAUAAUCUGUCUGCGGCACGUUACAACCCCGAACCAGCUGGCCCCAGCACAACCAAUGACGUCUUUGCAGCUAUCCAUGUCCAGCUGAGACCAGGUGGUAAAUGCUAUGAGAGAAUUGGGUACGGUAAGAUAUGUCAUCCAUCUACGCUGAUUUUGGAUACAGAGGCUGCCAGCGUGAAGGAAAUGCUCGAGGCCUUACCUACUUCUACAAUAGUAGUAGUUUAG